CAAUGGACUCCCAUCCGCUUCAUCACUGAUGGCUUCUGAAAAUUCCUCUAUGGUUCUGGAACCGGAGGUCACCCAACAGCUACAAAGCUUGGAACUUCAGGCAUCUGGGAAGAAAAAGAAGAAACUGAAAGGAAAAGUCGAGGUGGCUGGAGAACUAGAGAAAGAAUGUGCAGAGCCCUUGAAAAGAGACGUUGAGAUUGAAGACCUCACCAAAGCUGGACACCAGGCCCUGCUUCUUGGCAAAGAGGAGGAGGCCCUACAGAAUUUCAACAAGGCUUUUACCCUUUCCUUAGAAACCUCGAGCCAGCAGGCCCAAAAGGUUUGCGCUUUCAAUCUAGGUGCGGCCUACGUCGAGUGCGGCAAACCAGAAAAGGGCUUGGAACUUCUCCUCAAAUCCCAACCCAAGGAAGGCGAAACUGCGGCACAUCAGGCAGACCUUUUCUUCAAUAUAGGUGCCGCCCACGAAGGACUGCAAAAUUUCCCCAAGGCUCUGGAAUAUUUCCGCAAAGCCCAAAGUCACUACCAUUCUGUCCAAGCCGGGAGCGAGGCUGGCACAUACAUGAAAAUGGGCAUGUGCUAUCUGGGCAUGGAAGACCCUUCCCGGGCGGCUCAAUGCUUCCUAGAAGCUGGCCGGGCCUAUGCGGAAGUCAACCAACUGGAAGCAGCCGCCACAGCCCUCAACGAAGCCAGCAAAUACAUGUUGCAGAGCCAACAGCAUGGGGCCAGCGAGAUCGUCAAGGUGUUGAAUGAGUGUCGCUUGUUAUGUGACCAAAUCCCAAACAAAGGCCUGCUGGGAAAACUCUACAAUGACAUUGGACUCAGCUAUUCUCAGCUGAAAAUCUUCUCCUUAGCAGCUGAGAGCUUUGAGAAGGCUCUUCCACUCUGCCAAAGCAACACCAACAACCGGUAUAAAGAAGCGAUUGUCCUUCAGAACCUUGGAGCAGUUCACAACACCCUUGAGAAUUUCACCACAGCGUUGGGGUUUCACCGGAAAGCUGCUUCACUACACAGUACCCUGGGGAACCGGAGAGCCCAAGGACAGUGUUUUGGUAACUUGGCCUAUGCAUUUAGCCAACUGGGUGAUCAUGAAGCAGCUGGAGAAAAUUACCUUCAUGCCCUCCAAGCCUUCAAGGACUCAGAUGAUCUUCAAGGGCAGUGGCAAGCUUGUGAAGGACUUGGGGCAUCCCGCUUCCACCUAGGAGAUCCCAAGAAGUCCAUUUUGCAUUACAAAGAAGCUCUGACUUUGCUAUCUAAAUGUCAGGAUGUCUCUGAAACAGCUCAGGAGAGAAUUGUGAACAAACUUACUGAUUCCCUCCAAUCCAAGCUUUCUAUGAACAGCCGUUUCUCCCACAGUGGAGGGAUCUCACCAGCUGCUCCCAUGAAACACAUUCCUGCGUCCCAGGCCUCGAGCCAGGUCCGCUUCGCUGUGCCACUACACCACAAAAACAACAAUCCGCCUCCAGGGGCAGCCUACCUCAGCGAGUCAUCCUUUGCACCACAAAACCAUCGGGUGCAGCCCAUGGAGGAGAAACCUGUACCUGCCCCACUGAACCAGAGACCUCUUCCACAGGGAGAAACCUUGAUCCCUCAAAACAGUCAAAUGAAAUCACAGCAAGCUGUUUAUGGAGUACCUGAGAUGGUAGCAGCAGCUAAGCAGGCAGCCCACAGAGACAGGGUUCCUGCUCUCCGAAUUCCAAAUGGCCACGCAAUACUGGCCAGCAAUAGCCCUGAAGGAGGCGAUCAGCCCAAGAUGGCUUCUGACUGCCUUAACCAGGCUAACAGGUGA